GUAAUCUUCUAGAAAUGUUUUUGACUAUCAACGGCCAUACGACGUCGUCUCGCAGCCAAAAACGACCGUCUUUAACACCUCACCUUUUCGCAAAGAGGAGUUGCAGAAGGAAAAAAGCUUCCAAUUUAGGCAUAACUUCUUCUUCUUGCUCUCUUGCGACCCCUCGAAUCUCCGAUCGCCGCAUCAAUGGCGAUCGGUAAGCUCCAGCCCACGAAGCCCGGCCCGAUCAACCCCAAUCCCAAUGCCAGCACAAAGGUCUGGCUCUUCUCCUUGCUACUAACGCUGCAGUACGGUGCUCAGCCUCUCAUCUCCAAACGUUUCACCAGCCGGGAAGUUAUUGUGACUUCGUCAGUUUUGGCAUGUGAGCUGGUAAAGGUGAUUUGUGCUCUGUUUCUUUUGGCAAAAGAUGGAAGUCUGAGAAAGGUAUUGAAAGAGUGGACUUUGGUUGGCUCUUUAACUGCUUCAGGACUACCAGCAGCCAUCUAUGCCCUGCAAAACAGCUUGCUGCAGAUCUCAUAUAAAAAUCUCGAUUCGCUCACGUUCUCAAUGUUGAACCAGACAAAACUCUUUUUCACAGCAUUUUUCACUUAUAUCAUAUUAAGGCAGAGGCAGUCCAUUCAACAGAUUGGGGCUUUAUUCAUAUUGAUAAUUGCUGCUGUCCUUCUAAGCAUCGGUGAAGGAUCUAGCAAAGCAUCUAGUGCUAAGAACCCUGAUGAAAUAUUGUUCUAUGGAAUUGUUCCUGUGCUGGUGGCUUCUGUACUUUCUGGCCUGGCCUCUGCAUUGUGUCAGUGGGCUUCUCAGGUUAAGAAACAUGCAUCUUACUUGAUGACUGUGGAGAUGUCCAUUAUUGGGAGCCUUUGUUUACUGGCCAGUGCUUACAAGUCUCCAGAUGGUUUGGCUAUCAGAAAGCUUGGCUUCUUUCAUGGAUGGACUCCUUGGACAUGGAUUCCUGUCAUACUCAAUGCUGUUGGUGGAAUUCUUGUCGGUCUUCUGACAACAUAUGCUGGCGGUGUCCGGAAGGGCUUUGUCAUUGUUUCUGCCCUUCUUGUCACUGCUCUGCUUCAAUUUGUCUUUGAUGGUAUUCCUCCGUCUCCAUUCUGUCUUGUGGCUCUCCCGUUGGUUGCCACUAGCAUAUCGAUUUACCAAAAGUACCCAUACCGUGUCAAAAAGAAGGAGUCAUAAGUUCCAACACAGAUUCUAUAACAUUGGGAGAGGCAGGUAACAGUAAAUUAUACCCUCAUUCGUUCCCAUGAAUGGGUUCCAAACAUCAGUACAGCGAAGAAUAUCGAUCAAGUCUCCGAGGAUCAUGCUUUUACUCAUACGACAAUAUACUGAAUAGAGCAUGCAAAUUAUUUGCUUACUCCCCCGACUUGUUUGUUGAUGUCUAUACUAAUAUAGUCUAAUAUACCUACUGAUUUUUAUGUGUAGCUGUUAAAGUAGAAAAAUAGUGAUAGUUUCUUGAUAUUCAUUAAUUCUGAUUUCAUAUUUCUU